CUUUCAGAGUUCGUAGCGGAGAGUGCGUUUCAAUAAAAUGGGAGACGUAAAGACUAUAUUUGACAUCAUUCAUUUCGCGUACUUUCGCAUACUCGACAUUCUGAAGGAAAACUGCGAAAGGCAGAAUGGCGAUGAACCUUUGGCUCCCCUCAAAUACGCUGAUAUCUUUAAUUUUGCUGUCAGUUGCCAGAAAUUUCGGCGAAUCGUUUGGGACUGGUCUUUAUCGAUGUACCAAUCAUUAGAAAUCGACCUGCUGUAUGUUGUUCCUCACAAAAAAAUCACGGUACAGUUCGAGGAGAUUCAUAAAAGUCUGCAGGGAGCCACAAAGCAAAAAAGAGACCUGUACAUGGACACGUAUAUUAAGAGCAUGAUGGGGAAUUCACACCUUCGAGUCAUUAAACUGCAUUAUAACGAUCCGGACUACAACAUGGAGCACUCGAGUAUAUUUGAAGAAAUUGUAAUGGGAUUGCAAGGCAAGGCUAAGCGCAUUACGUUGGAUACGGAUAAAAUACCGAAAUUCAAGGAGUUAAUUGUUGAUAUCGCAUAUUACGAAAUAAGGAACCUUCAUCUUUUUCGAAAUAUUUCGAAGCUCAUCCUAACAGCGUCUUUUGCAAUAUCUGACCUUAAGAAAUUUUGCAUUAAUAACCCUUCAUUGGUUUAUUUGGAAGUGAAUCAAUGUCACUUUUCCGACUUUGGAAAGCUCUCUGAAAUCGUUCCCCACUGCCGGAACUUGAAGAAUUUAAAAUUUCUACUAGAUGAUAAUCCAUGGGAUAAUGAUUACGUCGGCCUAUCUCGAUUUAAAACGCUACGACAGUUGGAAAUUGUCACAACGACUGCAAACAUUCCAAAAUUUCAGCUGCCGGAUAAAAAUGAAGAAUGGCACAAUGAGUUCACUGGAGGAGGAGUUCACUGGUCAUCUUCAUUGCAAUCGAUUUCAAUCCUUAAGCUCCUUACGGCUUUACGUGAAAAGGAAAAGUCUACGCUAAUCAAAUUGUGCAUUGGUUUUGACAUUGACGAUCAAUUGGCACAGGCUAUUGCGAAAAUCAAAAGUCUACGAAUGUUGGAGUGCGGAUUCUGUGAUCCCAAGAGCAUUAGGCAUAUUGCACGACACCCACAAAUAAACCGAAUAAGCAUACUCAGUACGAAUCCACUAGUUAACGAUGAUAUUUCAGCUUUGGUAGAAAACAAAGUCAUUGUCUCAAAUUUGGAUUUGAAAUUUAGGUUUGAAGGAUCCGUACUUUCUUGUGAAGGGAAUGACGAAAGUUUUUGGCUUGAUAACUUAGAGCCGUUUCUGAAACUGAAAAACCUUAAAAAACUAAUAUUGCCUGUUAAAACGAUCGUAUUUAUGGAAUCCACAAUGGUCCGUUUCUUGGAGCAAGGUGUGAAGAUAAUAUGUGACGAUUGCGACAUAAGCCUGGAUCCUCAGGAGCGGACUCUUAAAAUAGAAUCCUCCCUCGAUGAUGUUUUGCCAUUUUCAUUUCCAGCGAAUCUUCGCUGCAUUAUAUUAGAAACUGAAUAUGUGCCGACAAUUCAGCAUCUUCUACAUUUAUCCAAAUCCAACUUCGAAACAUUGCAGGAAUUAGAGAUAUAUACAUCGUUUGAAAAUGACUUUAACGAACACCUUAACAAAGCCGCAGCUGAAGCUUUACCAACGCUUAAGUGUUUAAGAAAAAUCUCAUGUGGAUUUAAGAAAUUGAUUUACACUCUGCCUCUGGCUCAGCUGAAAGAUCUAGAGAGUAUUGUGGUGUUAUCGGAACACCACCCCAAGAAUGUAAGCUUAUCGAGAUGCCUAUACCCCAUUUUAAGGAACUGUAACAAGCUGAGCUUCUUUCAAAUGCGAAUUCCUGUUGAUGGAAUAACCAAAAAGUUUGUGCUAAGCCUUGAGAAAGUGGUUCUAAUGACCAGAGAUCAAGGUAUACUUGAUAUUCACAUACUCUGGAAUACACAUCAUUCACGUACACGUGAAAGGGUCAAGCAAGAAAAUGCCGCUAAAUAUUUAAAUGGCAAGCAGCUUAAAAUUAUUAAUAGGCCACUUGAACGUAUAAGGCUGACAGUUAAAAGAUUCGAAGUCGAGAUGCUUGACGAUUUCUAAAUUGCUA